GACAACGCCUUACCUUUUAAACCUCUGUGACCUUCAUACCCAUACCUACUCGACACCAUCUAUUUGAGGAUCCGUACGAAACUCCUCGAAAACAUGUCUUUCUGGAACCCAUUUCGACGCAGCGACCAUCACAAAGAGGCAGAACAGGCGGAUGAGAUCAAGGUCGUCGUCAAGUGGAACAAGGAUCGCUUCAACAUUCCCGUACCAAAGCCUUCCGAAACCCCCCUAUCUACUUUGGUCGCUACCCUUUCCGCUCAGACCGGCCUCUCUGCAGACAAGAUCAAGUUGAUCUACAAUGGCGGAGUGAUGAAGAACAUGUCGUUGCCUCUGGCCGGCUACGGGUUGAAGGACGGGUCCAUGAUCGUGCUCGUCGGUUCGAACGAUCCCCCCGCUUCGGGAGUGAUGGGUGCCGUCAGGGAGCAACAGGUCAAGAAGAAGAAAGAGGAGAUCCCGACGACGGAAGACGGGCUCGUAGAGUUCCUGGCCGGAAAGAGAAAGUUCGUCGAGGAGAUGAAGCCGGAGCUGGAUACGUUCGAGAAGGAUUGUCAGACCUACCUGUCGGCAUCGCAAGUGGGAGCGGAGGAACAGUCAUCAGCGUCGGUGCCGACAUGGCAAAAGCUGCAACAGGCUCACGCUAGGAUUACGGAGAUCUUGCUCCAGCAUCUUCUCAAGCUGGACGGCAUCGAGAUCCAGUCCAGCAUGAGCAGGGCCAGGGCCGAGAGGAAGGAGGCCGUCAGGGUCGUGCAGCGGGAGAUGGACUCGGCGGACGCAGUGUGGGCAAAGGUCCGAGAUCAAAAAUCGUAAAGCCGCUUAAAUAAAGAUGGCGGUACGGAGCGGAUGGGAGAGCGGGCAUGACGAACGAGCAUGUUGUAUCGAUAGCGCAAUAGACGAGCCACAUGUGUCCCUAAUACAACGGUUUCUGAUCUCGGAGCGAUAAG